CAAACGUCGUCACAAGUGCAUCUAACAGUAAAAUCCGCCAGGUAAAUUUGCGAAAAAAGUUUGUUGCCUUUCCUACGAGUAACCAACCAGAGAUGGACAUGUCAUUCAUCUUAAGCAACUUUUUCCGUUUGAGAAUAUUAGAUGCGAGUAAGACAGGGACAGAUGAAUUGUUUUCUGCAGUCGGCAAUUUGAAACAUUUGCGACACUUGAAUUUGUCUCAUACUGGAAUUCGUACCCUGCCUGACUCACUAUGCAGUCUCUGGAAUUUGCAUGUUUUGAACUUAGAUAGCUGCAAAAAGCUCGAGGCUUUACCGAAGAAGAUGAGGUACUUAACUAAUCUUCGUCAUCUAUUUUUGGACGAUUGUAAAUCAUUAAGGGAGAUGCCAUCUAAAACAAGAGAACUUUCUUGCCUUAGAACUCUGAGUCUGUUCAUAGUGGGUUAUAACAAUGGCACUAGACUUGAGGAAUUGCAAUGGUUGAAGCUGGGCGGCCGUCUUAAAAUUAAUUAUCUGGAUAGGGUGAAAGACCCUGCGGAUGCAAAGAAGGCAAAUCUUGCCGAAAAAGAAAAUCUUGGUUGUUUGUGUUUGAAUUGGGGAAGUGAUGACUCGUAUGUACCAAAAGCAAGGGAGGAAGAUAUAGAUAUACAUGAGAAGGUUCUGGAAGCACUCGAACCUCACCCAAAUCUUGAAUCGUUAGUGAUAUGUGGGUUCGGCGGCAGGUGUUUCCCGUUUUGGAUGUCGAAUUCAACUCUGGAGAGAGUGGUUGAGAUUCGUAUAUCAGACUGUGUGAAUUGUUCACAUCUUCCACAGCUGGGAGAGCUACCUCAUCUUAAGACAUUGACUUUACUUAAUGUGGCAAGAGUCGAGUACAUUAUUGAGGAAGAAGUAGUUCAAAGUCUAAAUCCGUUAAUAAGCGCGCAACAUUUCCCGUCUCUGGAAACACUGUACUUGAGGUUUCUCCACAACAUCAAAGGAUUGAUAAAAGAGCAAGUGAUGACGAGAUCAACCGAAGCAUUCCCAAACCUUGAGCAUCUAUACAUUGAAGAUUGCUCGUCGUUAAAACUGCCACAAUUCUCAACGUGUUUUAAAAAGUUGAAGAGAUUGAAUUGCAGGAAACUCCUAGUGGCUUCAUUGUCCAAGUCGGACCUGGAAACUCUCACUCAUCUGGUAGUCGACUUUGAGGAGAAUAGUACGGUUGCGACAAGUAUUACAGUCGAAAUGCUGCAAAGCCUCACAAAUCUGAAGAUGCUGGCUAUUUACAAAGCCGAUACGGAGGAGCUCUCUCUUCCAGAACAAGGGCUGCGACACCUCACUGCUCUGGAGACGCUAGAAAUAUUUGAAUGCCCGCAACUUGUAGAGCUGCCAGACGGGAUUAAACACCUCGAUAACUGCCUUAAUAGAGUACACCUACGCGAUCUUCCGAAGAUGGUGUCUCUUCCCAAGGCCUUGCAACGCCUCUCGUCUUCACUCCGGUUUUUAAGACUGUCCGGUCUUGCUGAGCUGAAUUCACUGCCUGACUGGUUGGGAGAUUUGACUUCUCUUGAAGAGCUGUACAUAGAAGAAUGCCCGAAGAUAGCGUCACUUCCAGCUAGUAUCGGAGGAAUGAAAAAUCUCCGAUUUCUGAUAGUGAAGAAAUGCCCGGAAUUGGAAAGGAGAUGCGAGAGAGCAAAGGGGCAGGAUUGGCAUAAGAUAUCACAUAUUCCCAAUCUGUACAUUGCUGAACAAUUGUGAUUACUUAUCUCUCCUUUAUAUAAUUGAUAAUUUCUCCUCCGAUUUCUUGAACCAGC